AUGGUGUGGAGCCGCCGCAAUAGUCUCAACCAGACUGGCAACGUGGUGCUCGCUUUCGUCGAUAUCUAUAAAGCGAAGCCGAAGAGAUUCGAGCUGCUUCCAACUUCGUCAUCCAAGCUCUCUCGGCCGGAGGCGGCGCUUGGCGUGCGUGGAACGUAUUUUGCCUUUGUACGCGAGCCGAUGGAGCGGUUCCUCUCUGGCUAUGAUGAGGCAACGCUCUACACACACAAGAUGUGCUGCCUACGCGAUCCUAGGAAAAAGGGCGAAACGCAGGAGUGGCAUGUGGCGAGGUUGAGCCUCCAUCGGCUCCAUCACGCGGAAGCGGGCGCACUGCGUGCAUACGGCGACCGUAUGACGUUCGUCGGUCGCGUCGAGAGACUUGUUUCCGACUGGGAUGAACUGUCGCGGCGCACUGGCGGCUUUGCGCCGCCGUACAGUGCGCUCAUCAACAGCCUCGGACAGCAUGAGUCGUCCCUUGCUAAGAGUGGCCGUAGGAGCGCCCUGCGUGCAUUGCUGGAGGAGGACGUGCCGCUGCGUGCGGCGCUUGAUGAGCUGCUCCACAUUGAUUUCGCUUGCUUUGGCUAUCCGCAUUUGCUUGGGCGUGAGACCUGA